GAUCACACUGAGCGUAACAUAGGCGCGAUGUACCCGAUCAAUCAAGAAGAAACAUGAGAUCAGAAUCCCGACAACGGCGGAAAGAAAACCGAUCAAAUCGGCAUACUGUAAAAUCCCACUGAAGGGGUUUUAGUUUGACCGUACACGACUCCAAUUUCAGUCAUUCUAGUUGACAAACACGCAUCCUUGAUCAUCGAUUUUCUUAUGAUUGCGGCAGAUCGAUCAUAUAAAUGGCGAAUUUCUUAGCUCAGUUUCUGUCGAUCAAGAACUCUUGUGAACGCGUCGUCAUUGCUGUUGAAGAUGUGAGUGAUUUGUGGCCCCUUAUCAAGAAAGGAUUUGAUGAAAGGCUUCCACUUAAAAGAGCUACAUUGAAUAACAAAACCCGUAAUCCGGUAUCUGUGGAUAACCUGCCAGCGGAGUUUAUACUGACUACAGAUUCAAGGCUCCGCAGUAGGUUCCCUCAGGAGCAAUUGUUAUUUUCGUUCCGGGAGCCGUAUGCAACAGUUGUUCUUGUAUCUUGUGAGGAUCUAGACGAGUUCAAGACAAUCCUAAAACCACGUCUAAAAUUAAUUGUGCAAAAUGAUGAGCGAGAGUGGUUUAUUGUUUUUGUGUCCAGAGCUCCACCCCAUAAUGAUCAAGCAAGCAAGAUGGCAAAAAAAGUUUAUGCCAAACUUGAAGUUGAUUUCAGUUCAAAGAAAAGGGAAAGGUGCUGCAAAUUGGAUAUACACGGACCUGAAGCAGCUUUCUGGGAAGACUUGGAAUCCAAAAUCACGGAGUGCAUUCGAAACACUCUUGAUAGACGUAUCCAGUUUUAUGAGGAGGAGAUCCGUAAGCUCAGUGAACAACGUUUCAAGCCAGUUUGGAGCUUCUGUAACUUCUUCAUUCUGAAGGAAAGUCUGGCAUUCAUGUUUGAGAUGGCUCAUCUCCACGAGGACUCGCUGAGGGAAUAUGAUGAACUUGAGCUCUGCUACCUAGAAACAGUUAACAUAGCAGGCAAACAAAGGGACUUCGGAGGAAUGGAACAUGGAGAUGAUCAGGAUGCACUAUUAAACCCUGGAAAAAAGCCACUAACACAGAUUGUUCAAGAUGAUUCCUUUAGGGAGUUUGAAUUUCGACAAUAUCUUUUUGCUUGUCAAGCAAAGCUAUUGUUCAAGCUAAACCGUCCUUUUGAGGUUGCAUCAAGGGGGUUUUCAUUUGUAAUUAGCUUCUCAAAAGCAUUGGCCCUUCAUGAGAGUAUUUUACCCUUCUGUAUACGGGAAGUUUGGAUUAUAACUUCUUGCUUGAGUUUAGUCAAUGCAACUGCUGCUCAUUAUAGAAAUGGACUUGUGGGACCAGAGAUAGAAAAAGAAUAUUAUCGCGUACGUGGGGAACUAUAUUCUCUAUGCCGAGCUAAGUUCAUGAGGCUUGCAUAUUUACUUGGUUAUGGGUCUGCCAUAGAAAGAAGUCCUGUCAACAGUGCUUCACUUAGCAUGCUACCUUGGCCUAAGCCAGCAAUCUGGCCUUCCAUUCCCUCUGAUGUGUCAUCUGAAGUUCUUGCUAAAGAAAAGAUGAUUCUUCAAGUUACACCAAGGGUAAAGCAUUUUGGUAUCCAGAGGAAGCUGCUACCUCUUGAGCCUGCUUCUCUUCUGCGGGAGGCUAACCGCCGAAGAGCUUCUCUUUCUGCAGGAAAUGUGUUUGAACUGUUUGAUGGGCGCUCAACUUUUAUGGAUGGCUCAGGUUCAGAUGCAAGAACGUCUCCUUCUCCCAAGUUACAUCCUAUAUCCAUGCCAAGGACCAAUUCCACACCGGGAAAUUUUGAGAGCUCGAUUGAUCGUCCCAUGACACUUACAGAAAUCUUUGUUGCCGCUGAGCAUGCUCUCCAGAAGACAAUUUCUGAUCCUGGUUUAUGGACAUCAUUUUCAUCUUUAGAGGAGUUUGAGCGAAAAUAUCUGGAACUGUCAAAGGCUGCUGCUGAUAAUUAUCAUCAUUCGUGGUGGAAAAGACAUGGGGUUGUCCUUGAUGGCGAAAUUGCUGCUGUUUGCUUUAAGCAUGGUAACUAUGAUCUAGCUGCAAAGUCAUAUGAGAAGGUUUGUGCUCUUUAUUCCGGUGAAGGUUGGGAGGAUUUGUUGGCUGAUGUGCUUCCUAAUCUAGCGGAGUGCCAGAAGAUACUUAAUGAUCAAGCUGGCUACCUAUCAUCUUGUGUGAGAUUACUCUCCCUUGAUAAGGGCUUAUUCUUGACGAAAGAACGUCAAGCUUUUCAGUCAGAAGUUGUUCGUCUUGCUCACAGUGAAAUGGAGCACCCUGUGCCUCUAGAUGUCUCCUCAUUAAUUACAUUUUCUGGCAAUUCUGGACCACCUCUGGAACUAUGUGAUGGGGAUCCGGGUAUCUUGUCUGUAACUUUAUGGAGUGGCUUUCCUGAUGACAUAACUCUUGAAUCACUCAGUCUCACUUUGACAGCUACCAGCAAUGCCGAUGAAGGUGUUAAGGCAAUCAGGAGCUCUGGUGCUACAAUACUAAACCCUGGUAGAAAUACAAUUACGCUCUCCUUGCCCCCUCAGAAAACUGGUUCCUACGUCUUGGGUGUUCUUACAGGGCAGAUUGGUCAUUUACGAUUUAGGUCUCAUGGUUCUGCCAGAGGUGGUCCUGCAGAAAGUGAUGAUCUUAUGAGUUAUGAGAAGCCAACAAGACCAGUUCUGAAGGUGUUCAAACCAAGGUCUCUUGUUGAUCUUGCUGCAGCAGUCUCAUCUGCGUUAUUAAUGAAUGAGCCUCAGUGGGUGGGGAUAAUUGUAAAACCACUCAAUUAUUCCCUCAAAGGAGCUGUUCUACACAUCGAUACUGGUCCUGGGUUGAGGAUUGAAGUGUCACAUGCCAUUGAAAUGGAGACAUAUACCAGUACAUCAAAAAAUGCAGAUGGGUUAGAGGACAGAGAUGGUGAUAGAAAUAAUGCUUCUGUUGUCAAAGAAUUUACUCAACUAACGUUAAAGGAUGGGAGCAUAGAGUUGCCGGACUGGGCAAGCCAUAUAGUGAGCGUUUUAUGGAUUCCUGUUCGUGCCAUCAAUGAUGGCCUAGCAAGAGGAACACCUGCAGGGACGGUUUCUUCCCAACGACCAAGUGUUGUGGAUGGACUGAGGACAGUAGCUCUGAAACUUGAAUUCGGCGUAUCACACAAUCAGAUAUUUGAAAGGACUAUAGCCGUUCAUUUCACCAACCCAUUCCAUGUGAGCACACGUGUAGCAGACAAGUGCAGUGAUGGCACUUUGCUUUUGCAGGUCAUACUACACUCACAAGUGAAGGCCUCUUUAACCAUUCAUGAUGCUUGGCUAGAUCUACAGGAUGGGUUUGCUCAUGGUGGUCGGGGUGAUGGGAGACCGACGUCUGCCUUCUUUCCUCUUGUAGUUCCCUCGGCAUCUAGAGCAGGAAUCUUGUUCAGUAUAUCCCUGGGAACUACAACCCCUGAAGAUGAAGCUAAAGUGCUGAAUCCAGACACCAUAUUAAACAUUAGAUACAGAAUUGCUGGGGAGAGAAGUCUUGGAUCUCAUACCCCCAUGUGUGUGGGAUCCAAUGGAGCUGAGGAUGAUGCCACACAGUUGUUGACAUUCAGGAGUGCUCUUGUUUUACAACGACCGGUGCUGGAACCUUGCUUAGCAGUUGGUUUUCUUCCUCUUCCUUCCGAUGGUCUUAGAGUCGGACAGCUUUUUACAAUGAAGUGGCGAGUUGAAAGGUUGAAGUAUCUCGAGGAGGAAAACAAUGAUGAAGUACUAUAUGAAGUGAACGCAAAUUCUGAGAAUUGGAUGAUUGCUGGGAGGAAACGAGGUCAUGUACCUCUCUCCGCGAAGCAAGGGUCAAGAAUCGAGAUUUCAAUACUAUGCAUACCACUGGCUGCCGGAUACGUACGGCCUCCACAACUCGAGUUACCAAACAUCGGUGACGCAAAUAUUAGUUGCAACCCGGCUGGACCCCAUUUGGUCUGUGUCUUCCCUCCACCUCUGAGCUCCUCUUUCUGCAUUCCGGCCUAAUACAUAAACAAGAUUUGGCGUUUUCCGGUGACCGGAAACUGGUAUAGAGAUCAAAUGAUGAGUUUUGUAGUAUUCACAUAAUAUUCCUGUGUCCAAAUUAUGAGGUGGUAGUGGUAGGUUAGGUCAUAUGCCAAUUGCCAUGGUGCAUGUAUAGAUGCAUACUGAAACUUGCUACCAAUUUGAACAACAAGUCGAUUACCGACAAUCCCAACCGGUCCUAUACGGAACCCAUCUUAUAGGAACCAAAUGCGAGGAGGCAUUUCAGAGCUGACUCAACGGCUGAGACUGGCGGAGAAGAUACUUGCUACCGGUUGACUUGUGGACAAGCAUUGUUAUCCUCAUCCUCUUUGUGUUAUAUGUUAUUGAUCCCAACUUUGUAUUAUUAAACCUAAAGUCCUACACCUUAAAAAUGCUUGUGACUUUGUUUACAUGCUUGUUUUAGAUUAACAGUUAAGGUGGUGGAUAUUAUUGCAGUA